AUGAACCCCGGAAUGAUAACCCUCACCGGAAACCCGUGGUCCGGCGACAGCCUCUCCCCGUUCUGCAUGUACGCCAGUAUGAUGUCCCUCGACGGGUCCAUCGCCACCUCCCUCCUCAGGCUCGUCCCGUACUUCGACCCCCCGCCGCCGGGAAGAUCCUCCGCCCCCUCGAAACACACGUUCAUCGCCCCCUUUCCGCCGCCGCGCCCCGCCAACCCGCAUCGCCGGAGAACCGCCCGGAGGGGAACCCCCCGCCACACCGACGUCGACACCCCCGCCGCGCCCCAGUUGAAGCCCACCGUCUGCCGGACCAUGUUCUGCUCCUUGCGGCGGUUGCCGGCGCAGACGAGGGUGACGGGAAGCUCCCGGGAGGGGAACUCGGUCGUCAGCUGGUGCAUCACCGGUGACCUCGACAGUCCAGUCGUCCCAGGUGGCCCGGGGGACCGGCCCGUGGUUGCGGACGUAGUGGAGGGGCGCCGGCGUGAUGAAGCCGUGGUCCAUGAGGCGGGUGAGAGGCGGCUCGGCGUUGAAGGGGUGUUUCCCGGUGAGGCGGACCAUGGAGGGGUUCCGGUCGAUCCAGCCGUCGGCGGUCAGGUCGUCGCGGACCGGCGGCUCGAGCUCCGCGCCGGCUUUUUUGGCGGCGAGGAGGUACUCCUCGACUUUGUCUCCGUCGUCCUCGUCGUCGGAAGACGAGGAGGAGUAAUAAAAUUGAGUGUUGCCGCCGUUAUUGGUUGCGGCGGCGGCGGCGGAGACGGGCGGAGAGGGGAAGUGGUGGGAGGGUUUGAAGGGGCGAGGGAUGCCCGGUUCGAGGUGGGGGAACUGCCGGUUCUCGACGGAGGUCGCCAUAUGGGACCGGCAAUAAAUGCUGCAGUAAAUCUAGGGCGGAUGAAACUCUACCAGAACCAAAAAGCUGAUCAAUGCAAAAAUGGUCUCACUUUAUUCAGUGAUGCGACGGUCCAUGAUUCGAGUAUCGGCUUAGGCGGAUGGAUAGGCGACUCGGAAGGUUUACAGCCGAAGCCUUAG